AUGGCUCCCGCGCCCGGCACCUCCGUGCCUGCGGCUUGGGCUGCCCUGCUGAGAGAGGCGCAGCAGGGCACGGAAGCGGCGCGGAAGAUCUACGAGGGCGCUUUGGCCACCAAGAAGGGGCCCGGCCUGGACGAGGCACUGCACCAGGUGGAGCGGCGGCUGAGGGCAGCCGCCGGUUCCACAGCCCCUGCCGCCGUCAGCGCCCCGAUCAGCCAGUCCAUUCCCAGGCCUGCGGCGCCGAUUGCUCGCCGCAAGAAAGGGGCCAGCGCAGGCGGCGCAUGCCGUGGCACUGGCCGGAAUGCCAGCGCGGUGCGCGGUGGCAACGGCACCACCGGCGGCUUGGCAGCGACAGGUCCAGGCGCGGCAUCCUCCCAGGAGCUCCUGCCCCUGCACAUUGUCAAGGUCAAGCUGUUGGUGGAGAAGGCAGCGGAGGCAGCCCUGGCGGGGCAGGACAGCCCGGCCUGCCGUGCGCAGGUGCUGGCGCUGCUGUGCGCGGCCCAGACAGAGGCAUCAGCCGCCCUGCAGCGCCACCCCAGCCUCAUGCUGUAUGCUCUGGCAGGCUGCCUCAUGGAGCUGACGGCUGGCUGCAGCGGCGGCGCACUGGACGCCUGCUUGGAGGCCUGGCAGGCGCAGCUAGCAAUGUGUGAUCUGCAGCAACAGCUCCCCCUUGCCUUCUCAGAGGUGGACACCCGGCAGCAUGCACGGGCCAUGUGGCCGCUGGAUCCCCCACCUGGCAGCGGCACCAGCGAGAAUGCGCUCACGCAGGUCAGCGAACGUGCGCAGCAGGCGGGCAACCAAGGCUUCGACCGAGCCAAGCAGCGCCUUGUCACGGCUUCCAAAGCCACCAGCUUUUUUAGCGAUGCUGGCGACUGGCGCUGCCUGCGAAUCAUCCAGCUGGUCAGAGCCAACGAGGCGGCGCCAGAGCGGCUUCGGCGGCAGCAGCUGAGCGCCAUUGCCGGGCAGAGCAGCAGCGCUUCUGCCAGUGGCAGCCGCAGCAGCCGCAGCAGCCCCGGCCGGUCGCAGCCAGAGCUCGCGCAGCAGGGGCAGGUACAGCUGGCGGAGCUGCCAUACAAGGACAACGAGCGCGACCGCACCCUGCUGCAGCGCUUUGGCCUGCAGGGCGGCUGGCUGCGCGACCAGCUGCGGCGCAAGCUUGCCAGCAAGUAUCCUGUGGAGCCUGCAGAGGCGGCGCGGAUGCUGGCAAGCGCCACUCUGCCAGAGCCAGGCGAGGGUGCAGAGCAAGUCGGCGACGCUGCAGCCCCUCGGGGUGGCAGGGCUCUUGCCUCCAGCAGCAGAAAGAAGCGGGAGGAGGAGGAUGCACAGUCCAGGGCAGACAAGAUCCGCGGCUACCUGGCAAGCAGACUGGAGCAGCAGGAGGACGGAGACCAGGCUUCUGGGCUGGAGGCCCUGCUGGCGGAGGCGGCGGUGGCGACAGCAGAAGUGCUGGAGCGCGUGGCGCCCCACCUGAAGCGCCAUGUCAGCAAGGCGGUUCAGGCGGCACUACAGGCACCCGGCGGCCAGCUGCCGCCAGUGGCCUACCUGCCGCCUCCUCUCCCAGCCAGCCGUGGCAGCAGUGCCGACUCGGGCCUGUUGCUCAACCAGCGCGAGUUUGAGGCGGCAUUUGAGCAGUGUGUGCUGGACCCGCAGGCUUUUGAACGCCAGGUCAACACCCACCUGUCAGACUCCCGGGAUGCGACCUCUGUGGCAAGCGUGCUCGCCAAGCUGGGCGCCCACCCCAGGCUGCCACAGGCAAGCUUCACGCUCCUGUACUGUGGCCAUACCCUGGCUGGUUCAAACUUGUUGAGCAACAGCUGCACCGAUGGCAGCAACGUGCCAAUUCCAGGCUCUGUCCCUGCGGUGCUUGCGCUGGCAGAUGCCAGAGCUGUGAUCGACUGGCUCACAGAGGAAAGGAAGCAGCAGGCAGCUGCAUCUGGGCAUGCUGGUGCAGCAGCAGACAACCCAGCGGCAGAGGACUGCCUGCUGGCAGCCACUGGGGCUGGCGGACUGGACCGCCUCCUGUCCACCAUGUCCUCCGGCCACCUGCAGCUGCACGCCGCUGCCGCUGCCGCUGCGGGGGACCAGGCACGCGCUGUGCAGGCGUGUGCCAGGCUUGCCCUGUCCAAGCAGGCGCAUCGAGAUGGGGUAACGGAAGAGUAUGCCGAGGUGCAAGCGAUCUACAACACGCCAGGCCCAGGCCUCAAUGCCCACGCAAUGGCCAUGGCCUACUGGCACUGGCAGCAUCUGCUGCAGGCCUGGCCAGCUGGCAGCAGGGCAGAGGUGCUGCAGGUGAAACAGAGAGUGGUGGAUGGCUGUCUGCUGGCACUGCGGCUGUUGCAGACAGAGGGGCGCCUCGCAGGCGCCUGGCGUCGAGCAAUUCUGGGCUAUGUGAGCAGCCUAUGCAGUAACACUGCCAGCAGCAGCGGCAAGGAUGGCAGCACAGGCAGAAUGAACUCCCAGGAUCUGGAGAGCAGCCUUGGUUGCGCCCUGGGAUGCGGGCACGAGAGCGGCCGCGGCCGGGAUGAAGCAGAGGUUGCAGUGCAAAGCCAGGAUGAUGUGGCCGAGCUGUCAUGGCAGCCCCUGAGCCAGCUGGGCACCCUGCCGCUCGAUGCACUCGUGCCGCUGCACGGCCUGUGCUGCUGGCUGGUGGGCUACUGCUUUGAGGAUGCAGCAGACCACGGCGGCAGGGUGCAGGAAGCCGUGGCGGCGGCUGAGAGCGUGCUUCAGUUCCAGGGCGGCGCUGGUGGGCCACCAGCCGGAGACCACCUCAGCGCCGACGGCUUCUGCCCACGUUGCGCCGCGCCGCGUAGGCAGGAGGCGGCGGCUGCGGAUGUGGCCCGGGCACUGACAGACGUCGCGGUUGGCAGGGGUGGCGAGCGCAUUGUGGAGAUCUGCCAGUCAAUGGCUUUCUGGGAUGGCAUCUUUGAAGCUGUGGUGAACAAGGUGGCAAACACUGUGAACGAGGCGCACGCCCGCCUCUGCGCCUUCGACGCUGCCGUUCAGCGCCUGCAUACAGCGGCCGAGGCCGAGGCUGCCACCCGCUCCAGUGCUCUGGCAGACCUCUGCCAGGCAGGCAUCGACUUUGUGGCUGAGCUGGAUGCUGUGGCCAAGCACUGCAUCCUGCUGAAGGCGUUCACUGCGGCGGUACGGAGGAAUGAGUACCUCAAGAGGCAGGCAGCCCUGCAGGCUGAGGCUGGGCCUGCAACCACCAAGAUGACGCCAGCUGUGCUGUGCCUGGCGCGCCACCAGCGUGCGGCCCGUACGUGGAGAGAGCAGCUUGAGGAAUCCACAGAUGUCAUCGUGCAGGACAUUCUGGACCUAGAGGGGCUGCACCAUGCAUUCCAGCGGCACGUGCUGAACCUGCGCAGGGAGCUACAGCUGUGUUUGUGCACUGUGCCGCUGCACCGCAUGGUUCUGGGUGGCCUGCUGCGCCACUGCCUGGCCGAGCGCUGGGUGCAGGCAGCAGAAACGCGCCCCAGCACCCAGCUGCUUGCAGCCAAGGCCCGCCGUGCCGGGCGUGUGGCACCAGCGGCAGCAGGGGAGGUGCCUGCAGCCAGCUGCUCCCCAGAGGAGAAGGCGGCCCAGCAGCAGAAGGCAGAAGCCGAGCUGCUGCUUCAGCUCGAGGAAGAGGAGGCUGCUGCAGCCCGCAUGGCUGCGCAGCGCAAGGCCAAGCAGGAGCAGCGGCAGAAGCAAGCUGCAGUUGCUGUGCUGGCAGCUGCCACGCUGGCACGGCCCAUGGCCAGCAGCGAGUCAGAAGAGUCAGAGGAGGAGGAGGAGGAGGAGGAGGAGGAGCGGCAGGAGCAGGAGGAGGAAAAGCAGCAGGAGCAUGAGGCGGCAGCAUCCUUGCCAGCCGAGCAGCCGAGCAGCACCGCCGCCUGA